AAUUUUCUCAACACGCCCGGUGAGCCGGUAGCGCCGUGGGAAACUUGGAAGCGCGGCUUCCUCAACUACCUCGAGGCGAUCGACGCCGAGGAUUUUCCGCCGAAACGCAAGAGGGCGAUUUUAUUUUCAUUUCUCGGCGAUGAAGGCAAUCGCGUCGUUGAUGCGUUCAACCUAGCAGGUCCGUCCGUUAGCUCGACUCAGGAUGAGUUUCAGGUCUUGUUGUCCGCUCUGGACUCCCAUUUCGCUUCCGCUCCAAAUAUCAUUGUUGAGCGUAGGAAGUUCGUCAACCGAGUACAAGGUCCAGGCGAGACCGUUCUCGAGUACCUUGGGGCGCUCAGACGCCUAGCUUCGUUUUGCGAUUACGGCGAGGCUUUAGAGAGCCGCGUCGCGGAAAUGUUUAUUUCGGGGGUCCACAGCACAGAAGUGCAGGAUCGUUUAAUCCGAGAGUCCGACGGAGCAAACGCACCUAGCCUCGAUCGUGCUGUCCAACUAGCGCAGCAGUUCGAGCGGGCUUCUCGAGAUUGCGAUCUCUUUCGGCGUUUGUCAGAUCAAGAUCCAAACGCGUCGCACGUGGUACAGCGUGUCCAAGAUGGCCGCGAUCUUCAACCGUUGAGCGGUCAGCAUGCCCAAGAUGGCGAGGCAUCAUCUUCCCGGAAGAACCAGCAUCCUCCUCUCCCGUCUUCCCCAAGACGUGACCGUCCUUCUCCGCCUCGUUCUCCUCCUUCCCCGUCGGCUCGCGAGUUGAGAUCUCCCCCAUUCAUCCGCCGGCGUUCGCGCCGCACGUUUUACCCCCAUCGAGGAGCUCGCGCGCGCUCGUCGUGCGAUUUUUGUUUCUUUUGUGGCCGCAAGAGCCACGCCCGGUAG